CGGCCUGUUCUUACCGGCUUCUUCGCACCCUUCUUGCCCAGAUUUCUUUUCUUCGUUUCUUCGACCAAGCGUACCCGUCCUGUCUCGCUCGGGAGCCGUUCCUGUCACAGUUGCAGCCGAACUUCCCGCACGAGAAAAACAUAAAUCCCCUUCCACCAUGGCGCUGCAGGCCGCUUACAAGCAGUUCCUUGCCUCGCCAAACUCGUCGUCGCUCGCCGACGAUGCGUCGCUGCACUACGUCACCACCACGACCAGCUUCGCCGGCGCGACUGACAUUAUCAAACACUUGUCCUCGGUGCGCAACAAGAUCAAGAAGCUCAAGCAGGACCCCCUCUUCGCCAUCGAGAACCACCAUGCUCUCGCUCUCGAGGUCGACACGACCCUCGAGUUUGUCACCAGCGGCGGCCCUUACCUUCCGGGACUGGACGACAACUUCCUGGCCGACCGCACCGUUCACAUCGCCGUGACCCACAUCGUGACCUUCAAUGGCGACGGCAAGAUCACACAGAUCCGGCAGAGCUGGGACCAGGGCGCCCUUCUGAAGCAGCUCGAAGUCAUUGGGAGGUCCGGCGCCAACUGGCCGAUCCGCGACAGCAAGGAGCAGAUCAACCUCAUCGCCAAAUGCGCCAAGGGAGACGGCGCUGCGGCCGCUCCCGCCGAGGCUCAGCCCACCCGCUCGCGCGGCAGUACCAACGCGAUGCGCGACCCGCAUGCGUCCCUCGACUUGUUCGCCCCGCGCGAGGAGCUCGAGAGCAACCCCGAGGGCGUCAUCUCGCCCUAUGCGGGCAGGAGACCCCGCCAGCGGUCCUUCACCGAGAUCCUGGGCGACGAGCCCGUCGAGGACCCCGCCUCUCCCAGCAGCGGCCGCGAGCGCUCGCAGUCCCCGAGCAAGGCCAUUGCGCCCAAGAUUGGCGCGGGAAAGCACUUCACGCCAAUGCGCAUCUUCGAUGCCGACGAGAACGAUAACCCCCCUGCCGAGACUCCCGAGCGCAAGCCGUCAGAACGGGUCGUGCGCCCGGACCCCAAGAAGUACCAGCACUUCGAGUUUGAUGACGGCUCCGAGAACCCAGAACCUCCCGCUCCCAAGCCCGCCACCAAGCCCGGCCCGGAGAGGAAGAGCAUCCAUGGGAGCAGCUGGUCGUUUGACGACUUCACGACCCCGCAGAAGCCCGUGGCCCUGCGCGGAGGGCAUCGCGCCCGCGACAUCCGCCACUGGGGGCCCGACAACGAGCUUCUCGAGAACACGCCUGCUCCGAACGCGCAGGCAGCUAAGCCACGUCGGGACGCCGAGGCUCACUUCGAGCUGAUCGACGACGGCCCGGAGCGCGAGGUGCCCCGCAACACCAACCGGGCGCCCCGCGGCGCCAUGCACAACGAGGGCCUGCACCUCUACGAUAACCGGCUGCACCCCGAAGACGGCGCUUCGCCCGAGCCCGCGCCGGUUCCGCUCGGCAAGAUCACCAACCUCAAGGACCGCCACAAGGAUUUCGAGCCGCACUUUGAAAUGACGGACGAAUCGCCUCACCACGCCGCGCCCCCCGAGCCCGCCAAGCUGCCCGAGGAUCGCAAGAAGGCGGUGCGCAUGAUGGAGAGCAGCUGGACGCCGUACGACGAGUCGCCCCUGUCGCGCAAGGAGAACGACGACCCCAACGCCAAGCGGCCGCCCACCGAGCGGGGCAUCGCCAUCGCCGGCGACGGCAUGGGCGGCAGGAAGGGCACCACCCGCGGCUGGCUCCACGGCGAGGAUGACGAGGAGCCUCUGCCGACUACCAGGAAGGGUGUUCGAGGCCCGCCGACCAAGUCGGACAACUUUUGGGAUUUCUGAAUAAGACCCGCUCUUCCUCCUCUUUUCCGAGGACUUGUCGGAAACAAAAAGAAAAAAACACAAAAAAGACCCGGCCGCGCCCUCUGCUCAAAAGAUUGCAGGACAGAGUGCCAGGAUGGCUACUGAUGAGUGACGUUGAUGUUCUGCCCUUGUGCAGAUAGUAUUUUCUUUUCUUUUUAUCAUUCUGAUUGCUAGAGCGAUCAGGUUGGCGGGUAGCCUUUUUGUUGGUCUAUGAGGCUGUGUAUGUAUGUAUUACCAAACACCAAUUUGAGUUUGGGGACCACCGGAGCUGUUGGCAGGUCGGUGCUGGGUUCCGGAAAGAUGUGGUGCUGAUUUUAGUUUCCUAGCGUGCCAAUAUACGGGCUGCCACUGUAUCUAUCCCCCCGUUCCCCCCCCC